AGGAGACUCAGGCGCUGGCUGCCCCGUCCGCUCUCCGCCUCCGCCGCGCCCUGGUCGCCCGGGAUGGGCCCCCCCGCCGCCGCCGGAGCCGUCGCCUCCCGGCCGCCGCCAGAGCCGCACUCGCCCUGAAGCCCGGGCCCCGCGUGCACCGACUGGCCCUGCAGCCUCGCCCCGCUGCCCGCACCGGCGGGCGGUAGAGCGGUCACGAUGCUGCCGCCCUUGCCCUCCCGCCUCGGGCUGCUGCUGCUGCUGCUGCUGUGUCCCGCGCACGUCGGCGGACUGUGGUGGGCAGUGGGCAGCCCCUUGGUCAUGGACCCCACCAGUAUCUGCAGGAAAGCACGGAGGCUGGCAGGGCGGCAGGCUGAGUUGUGCCAGGAGGAGCCGGAAGUGGUGGCUGAGCUGGCGCGGGGUGCCCGGCUUGGGGUUCGAGAGUGCCAGUUCCAGUUCCGUUUCCGCCGCUGGAACUGCUCGAGCCACAGCAAGGCCUUUGGGCGCAUCCUGCAGCAGGACAUCCGGGAGACCGCCUUCGUCUUUGCCAUCACGGCGGCGGGCGCCAGCCAUGCAGUCACGCAGGCCUGCUCCAUGGGCGAGCUGCUGCAGUGUGGCUGCCAGGCACCCCGCAGGCGGGCCCCACCGCGGCCCCCUGGCCUGCCAGGCACCCUUGGGCCCCCUGGCCUUGUGGGCUCCCCAGAGGGCAGUGCAGCCUGGGAGUGGGGAGGCUGUGGGGACGAUGUGGACUUCGGGGACGAGAAGUCCAGGCUCUUUAUGGACGCGAGGCAUAAGCGGGGAAGUGGAGACAUCCGAGCGUUGGUGCAACUUCACAACAAUGAGGCGGGCCGGCUGGCAGUGAGGAGCCAUACGCGCACUGAAUGCAAGUGCCACGGGCUGUCGGGCUCAUGCGCUCUGCGCACCUGCUGGCAGAAGCUGCCCCCGUUCCGAGAGGUGGGCGCGGAGCUGCUCGAGCGCUUCCACGGCGCCUCGCGUGUCAUGGGCACCAACGAUGGCAAGGCUCUGCUGCCCGCGGUCCGCAAUCUCAAGCCGCCGAGUCGCGCUGACCUACUGUAUGUCGCCGACUCGCCCGACUUCUGCGCCCCCAACCGGCGCACAGGCUCUCCAGGCACGCGCGGCCGCGCCUGCAACAGCAGCGCCUUGGACCUCAGCGGCUGCGACCUGCUGUGCUGCGGCCGCGGGCACCGCGAGGAGAGCGUGCAGCUCGAGGAGAACUGCCUGUGCCGCUUCCACUGGUGCUGCGUAGUGCAGUGCCACCAGUGCCUCGUGCGCAAGGAGCUCAGCCUCUGCCUCUGACCUGUCGCCGGCCUCUCCCAAGGCGCGCAGCGCUGCCUCUCUACCUGUGUGACCUCUGGGCUCCAGCAGGAGGCGCUGCCGUGGCCCAGUUUACCCUGGCAAAAGUCCAUCUCUCAAGCCUCUGGAAACUGAGGUUGGAGAUAUUCGCGUGCCCAGGACGGCCCAGUGCGGCGGAGGGAUCCCCAGAGGUGCUUUAACGGUUCUGGGGAGACUGUACGCUGCAGGGAGCUCCGCGGUUUCCCUCUUUUGGUCCCAGAUGGAAACUUAUCUGGGCCUCUGGAUGCGGGGUCCUCAGAACUGCUGGCCAUGUGCUGGGUGGGUGAGUUUAGUAUCAAUAAAGAUAUUUAAACCAAUAGGACUGGGACCACAGUUUGGGAGGGGGGCUGGUCUCCUGCGGGUUGACAUGGGACCAGGCUCUGGAAGGAGUGUCUAAAGGGAGAUGGUUUUGAUAGAACUGGGUCCCUCUCCCCCCCCCCCCCCCCAUGGGUCUGGGCUCUCCUGGCAACCAUGGUGAAGAGUGCCAAAUCUCCCCUUGGCAUUCUUCUUGUUCACUCUUGUCACACAUCUAGGGCCUGGAUCUACAAGCCGGGGAAGAAGUAGCAAUCCCUCUUUAAAGGAACAGACUCUGAGAGGGUUUGGGGAAAGCAGACGGGAAGCCUCUACUGGUAUACUCAGCUCUCAUCAACAUUCUAGGGGAGUGUGAUACCCUCAUCUGCCCUUCUGUUUCUGUGAUCCCUGGGGGAUUUGUGGGUAGACUUUUAGGACCACCCAAGCCCAUAGGAUUAAAGCACUUUAUGAACUAUAGAAUGUGAUGAAAUAUGUUAUUACUAACAUCAGACUAAACAUUUGAAACUAACUUUACCCCCAUUAACACUGAAAAGACUGCUCAGAACAGCAUUUCUAAUUACACCUAGAGGGAGACAAAGAAAAGUUGUUCCAAGGUUUUUCCUGGCACCCAACUACAUUUCCUCCCUUCUAGCUCUUUCUCAGGAAGCUGACGGUUAGUGUGGAGGGAAGAGAGGAAAGGUUUGGGAGAUCUGGGCUCUCCAGAGCUGAACUUCAUGCCCCCAUCGUCCUCCAGAGAGAAUGGGGGAGGGAAUAGCCAAAAGGCUAGGAUUCAAAGCUCCCAAUAUUGUCAUAGUCCAAAUACUGUACAUGCCCCCUUCAAGGUAUGUAGGGCAAAGCAAGAGCUUUGGGUCUGAAGCUGGUGCUGCUGCUUAGAAGUUUACAGUACAGAUCAUGUGAGUCUCAGUUUCUUUACUUAUAUAAUGGGACUAUCCUGUUUCAGUUAUCCAUUGCUGCAUAACAAACAACCCCAACAAAACUACUUCUCACGAUCCUUUGGGUCAGGAAUUUGUCAAAGCUCAGCUUGGUUGUUCUGCUCUUUAUUGACUGUAGUCAUUCACUUGGCUGUACUCCACUGGUGGCUGGGCUGGGCUGGACACUCAAAGAGGUUUCACUCAUAUGUCUAGUGCCUCAGAGCUUCUCCAGUGGCCUUCCUCUCCAUGUGUCUAGCUUGGGCUUCCUCAGAGCAUGGUGGCCUCGGUGUAGUGGGACUUCUUACAUAGGCUGACGUUUGAAAUAGACUGUGCCAAACUGGGAGGCAGAAGCUGCCGGUCUCUUCUUUUAGUUCCAGCUUUGGAAGUUGCACAGCAUCUCUCUAUUGGUCGGCACUAGUCAUAGAAUCAGCCAAAAUUCAAGGGGAGGAGAAAUAGACUCCACCUCUCCAUGGGAACGUGGCGAAGAAUUUGCAACCAUUAUAAUCCAUCCCACAUCCUCAUAGAAUUGUGGGGAGGACAUCUUUGGACUAUGGAGAGCACUCAGCACAGAAUAAUUUAUGUGAAAUGUAUGCUUAAUAAAUGGUAGUUACUGUAAGAAUGGGAAUAGAAAGCAGCUGGGUUGUUGUUGUUGUUGUUGUUUGUAGGUAUUAGGCAGACCCUGAUUAAAAAUAACGAUACCCAACUCAAACUAGCUUGGUCCAGCCUGGCCCGUGUGGCUCAGUGGUUGAGCUUUGACCCAGGAACCAAG